CCUUACGCAUUGUGAAGGAAAGCGGCAGCCAGGUUGCAAGAGCUGACAGCUACGCACACAGACAGAAGUGCGUCUGCAGACACGAGUGUGCACGAGGAUGACAGGCUGUACUCGGACAGAGACGAAGAACAGACAGCGGAGCAGGCACGCAGUGCUGCUGGUGGAGCCUAAAAUAAGGGAAGGGGACUAUGAAGAUUGCUGUUUUCCGUGUUCUUCAGCAGAGCUCAUAGCGAUGACAGUAAGCCCAGCUAAGGGUCCAUCAUUCAUUUCCCAGGAGCAGAUGAUUGUCAUCUAAUAAACGCCCAGCCGGAUCUUGCCUAUCUGAUUUAUAGUUGUCUCAGAGAGGGUAAGCGGAAACACCUCCACCUCUAAAAAACCAGGCUAUCCUCAAAAAAGUGAGUUUGAGAGGUUAGAAACAUGUCAAAUCUUGAUUUGAAGAGCCUCGAGAUUUUCUACAACCUCCUGAACAGUUGUAGUUUGGGUGCAUUUUGCAACAACUCUCUGCUUUCAUUUCACAAUGCAAACAAUGAGAGUGGGAUGGAGAGUCCAGAUGAUGGAACGCUGAGAGUGUUCAUCUCUGUGGUGUACUUCAUUGUGGCAACAGUUGGAGUGUUGGGCAACUUGCUGGUCAUGUUCCUACUUUAUUCAACUCACACCAUCACCACAGGCACCAUCAACUUCUUUGUUUUCAACCUAGCUUUGGCCGACCUGCUGUUUUCUCUUGCCUUACCUUUUUGGGCGAUGGACAUUGCUCUGGACUACAGUUGGCCUUUUGGCUUAGCCACAUGCAAGGCAGUGUCCUUGCUAACUGGACUGAACGUCUUUGCAAGUUGCUUUUUCCUGACAGCUAUGAGUCUGACACGCUACUGCUAUGUAGCAACAGCUCUCAAACCUGGAUCGUCCCUGUGCAACAGAUCUUGUACCUUCCCGGUAACCACAGCUAUCAUUUGGGUUGGGGCUCUCAUCGUGGCGGUACCCAGGGCCGUGUUCGCAGACCUCAGCCAUGUGGGAAGCGACAAUGAUACAGCAUGCUUGCUCCGCUUCCCAGAAGGCACAGCUUGGCUCGGAAUAAACCAACUCCUGCGAGUGGUUCUGGGAUUUCUGCUACCUUACACCAUCAUCAUCCUCUCCUACUUGCUCUUGCUGCGAUUCCUCUGCAGGCACAAACUGAAAGGCAGCAGCAACACUCUGCGAAAAGCCGACAUCUCAAAAUCUGUGGCUGUGGUGGUGCUGUCCUUCUGUGCCUGCUGGUUUCCCUACAAUAUCCUCACUCUCUGGAGCGUCCUGAUACAGCUUGACAUCAUUGACAUGAGCAAAUCGUUCUACACUGCUCAGACGUACUUCUUCCCUCUGGCCAACUGUUUAGCUUUCACCAGCAGCUGUUUCAACCCUGUCAUCUAUUGUCUGGUCAGGAAGGAAUACCGCACAGCUCUGCAUAAUGUUUUCUUCAAGUUGAGUUUGGCCAUCAUGUCCAAGAUGCCCUAUGCGCUUAACUCCGAGGAGGGUUUAGAGCAAGGUAGUCAGCUUGGUAUUCCUCUCAGCAACGUCUACAGCCAGACUUGCCAAACUGACUCAAGGGGCUACACACCGCUGACAACACUUCCAGCUGGAACAUCACCACUAUAAAGUCUCAACACAAUGUUUCCUCAGUCUUUUUCUGCGAUAGAGAGGGUUUGUAUUGUUUGUAGUCUGUGGGGACAUUAGGAGCAGGUAGUAUCUUGCCUGCAGCAGCAGUCUGAGACAGAGCCGCACAAUUUUGAAAAGCAAGCGAUUCCAAUUAUUUUUGAGAAUGCAACAAUAUCAGCUUUGAAAAAUAUGCAUUAUCCUCAAACUUCUGUUUCUCACCUGUUUUUAUGAUGAUUCCAUUAGUCUGGGUCAUAGCAGGGUUGAGCAUUUAUGUGAGCAUUCUAUGGUUGAAGUGGUGCAGGGCAGAAAAACACAGGCAGGAAGUAAAAAGAAGUAACCUUCUGCUACUACCACACACCACAAUUUACUGCCCAAUAAGGUGAAAGGCAAAGUUAUACCUGCGACAAACCUGUCCAGGGUAUACCCCGCCUCUCGCCCAGAACGUUUGCUGGAGAGAGGCACCAGCACCACUCCCAACUCCACUAGGGACAAGGGUGUUAGAAAAUGGAUGGAUGAAUGGGUGGAUGGAUGGCAAAGUUAUACUGAAGGAAUUUCUCUGUUACAAGGAUAACCAUUAUUAGUAAUACCAGCCAAUAAGAACAAUGCAUGUUUUUGUUUAUGUAUUCAAAAACAUGUCCUGUCUUGAACUGAGACUGCCUACAGCAGGUAAGAUACUGACUGCUCCAUAUGAACUCCAGAAAGCCUCCUUUAAAGAAAUUCAUGCUGUUCUUUUAAGACUUCUGACUGCAUAUUGUACCAACAUUUAACUUUUUCCCCAUACUAAUGGUCAGUAGUAUCUAUAUGAGAAUGUUCAUGUUGAUGCAUGUACUUAGCUUUUGUGCUUCUGUAAAUGUUUUGACAUUUUUCAAAGUUGCAUAUGCUAAAAUAUUACCUAAAGAGAUUGUGAGUGCCAGCAUCUUUUCUUUCCUUCUUCU